GGCGCGGGGACCGAAGCUUGUGGCUUACCCUCAACAAUUGAUCGCCGAGCUCAAGAUAAAGCAUAGCAUUUCCGUAUCUUGAUCACUUUCUGUCAUCUCCAGUAACACCAUUCAUUCCGGCUCCGAGCUAUCCCGUACUCUCUCAUUGUCACCGCCUUUUGACCACCAGUACAAAACCUCGUCUCAUCACAACUCAUCCCUCAACCUGCAUCCCUCAUCACGACCUUCCUCCAGUGGCUUAUGAACCCUCCUCAAGACUACAUCGACCACAACAUCUACCAUACCAUCCACUAGACUCCUCAUCUCAACGUCUCGACUCUAACCUAUAUCUUACACACCAUGGCUGCUCCUCGUGCCUCCUCCUUCAAAGUUCUGCGCAACCUCCAACGGGCCAGCGGAUGGACUCCGGCGAAGCGAGGCCUCCACAUGACUGGAGUCCAUGCCCAUCCGCGACCCAUCGAUCCUACUCACAAGACGACCUAUACACCGUGGAACUUGCAAGAUCUUCGUCAAGAAUGUCAGAAGCGGACACUGUCGGCUUCUGGCACAAAACAUGAGCUCAUUGACCGCCUUGCCGGUCAUGACAGCUUGCAGGCACGGGCUUUUUCCAUUGCCAUGAGGCGCAUCGCCGUCGAGCAGACGAAGAAGCCAAUCUCUGGCCCCUCCGAUACUGGUGGCCAAAGACACUUCAACACAUCACAUGAGUUGAAGGCCGUUCACGACUCCUCUACCAUUGACUUCGCCUACCUCCCUAAGCUGUUCCAAGAGCAGUACGGCCCUCAACCGCCUGAGAUUCGAGUCCCUAUCCUCCCGGACAUCAGCUCCCAGCAGGCUGAAGCGGUGCUGGAGAGGUAUCCAGAGCUCGAUGCAGCUGCAGGUGGUUAUCAAGAUACACAAGGUCAUGAGACGAUCAUGAAACCUCAGAUCUCAGCUGUCGGCGAUGCCUUAGGCAGCCCAGCGAGUGCAUUGAGUGACCUACAUGAUGGCCAUCAUGACAAGGAAAUGUCAGUCGAGAUGCUCACUGCGUUGACCGACCAGGUCGGCAACAGUGCUCGGCAAUUCGUGGACACCGUCAAAGACAAAGAUGAGCAGACCAUUCGCAAGAUUUGGUCCGGUUUUCUUGACGAUCUAUUCGGCGGCCCACAGAAAGGAGCCAAAGCAUGAGCUGUGCGGCGAUGAUUCACCUCACCUACACUCGUGGUAACACGGUCAUGACAGCGUACAAGCAACCCCACGGCGUCUUGUGUUUACCUAUACUUUCAUGCGGCUGGGAGAUGAGUGUAUUUCUCUUAAUCAAAGCUGCGCACAGCGCACUUUUUGCUCCCUGGUAUGUUUUGGCCUUGAUGAUCUCCAAAUCUCGGUUGCUCUGCUUCUCCGGAUUCGACGUGUUCGUCACUGUGUCUUUGCUCGACUCCACACUUUGUAUCCACAGAUUGGCAGCAAGCCGUGCAGACCCAACCUCCGACUUUUUCCCUGACGAGUUUCGAUUCAAGCCGUUGACAUGGGUUACAUUUGGUCAUUGAGCUGAAGAGGUUUGUACCGAACAUAAGGUCAGAAGUAUGACGAAAUCUCGACAUGUCGUGCUAGUCUAACAUCAUGGUCAACCAUGGUGUAUCCGUAUUUUCUCCCCUUGGUGGCUUUGGACGC